AUGGCUAGGGUGAUGAUGAGUGCAAAAAAUUUGUCUAAAAGGUUUUGGGCUGAGGCUGUCAACACAGCCUGUCACAUCUCAAACCGUGUGUAUCUAAGAUUAGGAUCUAUGAUGACUUCAUAUGAAAUUCUUUAUGCUGAAGAUGAAGUUGAUGACUUGAUUGCUGAAAGGGAAACAACAGAAGAAGACACUUCUGCCACAGAAAGCCCAGACACAAACAGUCCAGUCUCAAGAGAAGAAGGUGCUGAGCCAAGUGUCACCACAUCUGACUCAACACAUCCUACAGAGACUGAGUUGCAACCAACCCUAGAUGUCUGCAGAAAGGAACCAUCAAGCAGAAUCCAGAAAAAUCACCCAUCAACUCAAAAAUCCUCCUCUGCUGCAGCACCUAUACCAGCAGACCCAAAUCUGGCCAUCAUUGUUCAUCCAAUCAACUUUGAAGUUGUUCCUAUCAGCUACAUUGAGCCCGGCGACGAGCUGAACCCGAUUGACCCAGACAACUUUGAUGUUGUGGGUCCCUCUUCCACCGCCGGAAGAUUUCCAACGCGCCGGUCAAAGCGCACGAACCCUUUUCCAGAUCUGAACACUGCGGUGCCUCAACGCCGAAGAGGAGAAAACUCUCCCCGGAGAGGAAGCAGAGGUGGAAGAAGAGGAAGCAGAGGUGGCCGCACUCCAGUCCAGUCAAACCCACGAAGAGGUCUUCAUCUGGUAGAUGAAGAAACUGAUGACGAAGCAGGGGAUCCUACCUUUGCUGCACCACAGGCUCAAGCCUUGUCCUCCAGCUCCUCUGAGUCUUCAUCCAACAACUCACCUUCCCCAGCAUCAACUCAGGGGGAGACGUCGCAGCCCAGCAUGGCAACAGCAGCCUCUCAACAUUCUGUUCCUGAAGGUGUUGCUGCACCUGUUUCAGAAGGUGUUGCUGCACCUGUCUCUGAAGGUGUUGCUGCACAUGCUCCAGAAGAUGCUGCUGCACCUACUGUUUCAGCAAAUGUUCCUCAGAAUGCUGCUGAGGAUGCUGCCCCUUAUCAGGAUGAAGAAAUGCCUGAUUUCUCUGGAAUGUCGAUGCUCAGGAGUUCACCAGUACAGAAGAAACUCCAUCAGCACCUCAGGGAGAUCCUCUGGAAACCCUGGCAGAAGCAGCAGCUCAAGCAGAUACAAUUCCUCCUCAGGCUGAAGAAUCAGAGAAAAGUGAAGACAGUUGGGAGGAAGAAGGUGUUUGCCCCACGUGCUGCAUCACCUGAACCAGCAUAUGUCCCUGAUGAGCUUGAAGAUUCAGAAGAUGAUGAUUCCUCAGAAGAAGAAGAACCAGACCUGGAUGGGAAGAACUUGUCAAUCCCUUUUGAGGUAACAAAUGCCUUCAGUCCUAAUUUCUAUUUUGAGUCUGAUUCAUUGUUGAGUCCUCAAGUCAUGAAUUGUCAUUUCAUUGAGGAAAAGAAAAUUUCUAAGGAAGAAUUUGAUAGGCAUAGGAUAACAGCUUUUCUUCACCAAAGAAAAAUCCUUAACCUAGUUGAGAUUGCCUGCUCUUAUGAUCCCUUGGUUGUGAAAGAACUCACAGUGGCUAAUUGGAUUCCAUCCAAAAAUGUCUCUGUGGUAACUAAGCCUCAUGCUGUACUCAUGUACAAAUUGGGGAUGGGUUUACCAGUGGAUUUUGGCAAACUGUUCUUUGAUACUAUUGGUCAUCUUGCCCAGAAAAUUUCACCCUCCACUCACCUCCCCUAUCCUUCUCUCAUCUAUUCCAUCUUACUCUCUCAAAACUUGGGCCAAGAUGACUCUGAAUAUCUUCACACCCCACAAGGUCAAAAUAACAUUGGUACUGAGGGUGUUGCACCUCAUGUUGACAACACUUCUAACCUUCUUGUGUCUGUUCCUAGAGAUCUUCUAUUGCAGCAGCUUACUCAUUCUCUAGCUCAGAUUACCUAUCAUCAGUCCAUGGUGGACAUGAUUCAGAAGGCUCUUUCUGAUCAAAAAGGGGGAGAAAAAGAUCAUGAAACUGAAGCAGGAACAUCUCAUCCUUUGGAUGUUAGAGGAAGAGAGCAAGGAGUCAAUGAAGAGGAAGCAAAGAAAGAGGGGGAAGCUCAAGAAGAAAGCAGUGGAUCUAGUGAUGGAGGAGGAGCAGCAGCUGAAACUGAGGAGACCUUGGAGACUUUGGAUAUUUUACUUUAG